AUGGAGUCUCAGAUCCGCCAGAACUAUCACCACGAUUGCGAAGCUGCUAUCAACCGGAUGAUCAAUUUGGAGAUGUUUGCCUCCUACACCUACACUUCAAUGGCUUUCUAUUUCUCCCGUGACGAUGUGGCUCUGCCUGGUUUCGCGCAUUUCUUCAAGGAGAACAGCGACGAGGAGCGGGAGCACGCCGACAAGCUACUCUCCUUCCAGAACAAGAGAGGUGGACGCAUUUUACUCCAGGACAUCAAGAAGCCAGAAGGUGAUGAGUGGGGCAAUGGGCUGGAGGCAAUGCAGUGUGCUCUGCAGCUGGAGAAGAAUGUCAACCAGGCCCUGCUGGACCUGCACAAGAUUGCCUCUGACAAGGUUGACCCCCAUCUGUGUGACUUCCUGGAGACCCAUUACCUGAAUGAGCAGGUGGAGGCCAUUAAGAAGCUGGGAGACCACAUCACCAACCUCACCAAGAUGGAUGCUGUCAAAAACAAGAUGGCAGAGUACCUGUUUGACAAGCACACCCUGGGAGGCCAGAGCUAAACUACUUUCAUCCC